UUUUCACACAACUGAAAAUUGUUAUAAACAAACCAAGUUUUCACUCAUUGUAGUACAUAGGUAUCGCAACAAACCAUGACAGAACAACCGAUGGCAACAACAACGACGAUGAUGGAGAUUAAGGUUGAGGUAAUCGCUAGAGAAACCAUCAAGCCAUCUUCUCCGACCCCCCAUCACCUUAAAACUUUCAAACUCUCUCUUAUCGACCAAUUCGCGCCUGCAUCAUACACGCCACUAGUCCUCUACUACGCCACAUGCGGCGGUUCUAGUUACGAAGAAAGAACCCAACUUUUAAAAAACUCCCUCUCUCAAAUCCUAACACGCUACUACCCUCUAGCUGGAAGAAUCAAAGAUCCUCUCUUUGUUGAUUGCAACGACGACGGCGUUGAUUACAUUGAAACUCGAGUCAACUGUCCAAUUUCCUCCAUUCUUAAGCAACCCAAAAGUGAAUUACAAAACCAUUUCAUUCCAAUCAAAUUUAAGGAAUCGGGGUCCGGAUCUCUCUUACUCAUCCAGGCUAGCUUCUUUGAAUAUGGAGGAAUGGCUAUAGGCAUCUAUACUAACCACAAACUUGCCGAUGCGGCCUCCUUCACCACAUUCCUCAAGGCCUGGGCUGCCACUGCGUCCGGAUUCCCUGACGUAGUAAGUCCAGAUUUCACAGCACCCUCUAUAUUCCCAGCAAGAGAUGACUUUCAGACCCUUCCAUCACAAGUUUAUGAGAAACCACCACAGAAGGUUGCUGUCAGGAGGUACGUCUUCAACGCCUCCAAACUUCACGCUCUCAAGGCGGAAGCAGCCAACGCGAGGGUACAACAACCUACCCGCGUGGAGGCUGUCAUGGCACUCCUUUGGAAAUGCGCUAUGGAUGCUUCUAGAUCAAGAUUGGGAUUGGCAUCGACCAAUCCAAGGAGGCCAUCUAUAUUAGUCAUAUCAGCAGAUAUGCGACCACGUCUUGUGCCGCCAUUACCAGAGAGUUCCUUCGGAAACAUAGGACGCCCACUAGUAGUGCACGCCGAUGAUGAGAGUGAGAACGAAAUGAACUUGUCAAACUUGGUAAGUAGCAUAAGGGAAAGUAAGCUAGAACUAAGCAAAAAUUGUGGAGUGUCGGAGAUUUGUGGUUUGUUGAUGGAGUUGGGAAAGUUGCAGAUGAGAGGAGGUGAAGUGGAUAUGUAUACACAUACAAGUUGGAGUAGGAUGCCAUUGUAUAAAGCUGAUUUUGGGUGGGGAAAGCCAACUUGGGCGACGAUUGGUCAUAUAGAAGUGCCUAAUGUUGUUGUGUUGAGUCCUUCAAGAGAUGGUGAGGGGAUUGAAGCAUGGGUUACCUUGAUUGAAGAAGACAUGGCAUUUUUUGAAUGUAACAAGGACUUGCUAGACUUUGCCACUAUAAAUCCUAGUGCUCUCAACUCUCUCUACUGAGUUAGUCCACUCUACUACUGGAUCAAAUCAGUCAUGCAAUCCAAAAUCUUCAAUUGUGUACGAUAGUACUCCUUUUGUGUUUGAUGUGUCUUUUCUGUUAGAAUUGAAGUUAUCUUUGUAGAUACUUUCUGUUGUGUCCCCUCCAAAUAAAAAAACUGUAAUUCUAGUCUA